CGACAACCAUCUCCACACGCGCACUGUAUGGCACGUCGUUUCCACCCCUCUUGCCACACUCCCCCCCCUUCAUAUGCAUAUUCCCCACUCAGUUAACUCGCCUAAGCUGCCGUCGCCCGCGUACUUCACCACGAAUGUUCAGCCUCGCCUCAGUCUGUCUGUCUCUCACCGCGACUGAUGAAGUUAAAUCAUAGGAGUCCUUGGUUUCCCCGCUUCUUCUGCUUCCGCCAUGGCCUUACUUGGACCCUCAUCCUUAUUCUGCUGCUUCGACAACCACGGGUCGCCGGACAGACCUUGUCGCCGCCCAGAGGGUACCACUUAGAUCCCAAGAGCAGGGUCACCCCGGCGACGGCGAUAAUACUCGCGUGCCUGCUAUGCGCCUUCUUUGUCAUGGGCUGCGUCUCCAUCUACGUUCGCCAGUGCAUUGAGCUCCGCGCUUCUCGAACCUUCAUCAUCAACGAAGCCGGCGUACUUCCAGCUCCGCGGCUGGCUAACCGAGGGCUCGAUCCCUCCGUGAUCGACGCUUUCCCGACCUUGGUCUACUCCGAGGUCAAGGAACUCAAGAUCGGCAAAGGCUCUCUCGAAUGCGCCGUUUGCUUGACGGAAUUCGAGGACGACGACCAUCUCCGGCUGCUCAACAAAUGCAGCCACGUCUUCCAUCCAGACUGCAUCGACGCUUGGCUCUUGUCUCACACCACCUGCCCCGUUUGCCGCGCCAACCUCGCUCUCGAUCCCGGCGAACCAUUUUCUUUUACAUUCCCAACUCACAAUAUGGAUUCCCGUUCUCCAAAUGAUCGUGACCCAGAAAACUUGAAUUCCAAUCCCAACCUGCCUGUUGAUGAUUCGGUUGUACCGACUCAACUACCGGAGAGAAAAGGAGGGACGUUUCGGAAGUCGUUCUCGACCGGCCACGACUCGCUGGUUGGUCCCGGCGAGAGAAGCGACCGGUUCACGCUCCGGUUACCGGAAGACGUACGGAACCGGCUGGUGAGCGCGAGCCUGAACCGGACGAAGAGCUGCACGGUGGCGUUUCCGAGGGUGAGGAGUGGGAGAAAGGGUUACAGAAGCGGCAGUGGAGGGACCGGCCGGAGACGGAACUUCGAGUACUACUACGAAGCUGUUGAGCGGGCGAAUAAAAACGCGGUGGUCUAUUUCAGGUCCUGGUCGGAGAAGGUGAUCAGUGGGGAGGAGGGGAGGGGGAAUCCGAAGAGAUUGUUGAGGUCGGUGACGACGCCGUUGCAGAGGCUGUUUGGCGGCAAGGAAAGUAACAACGAGAAGGAUGAGGCAGGGGAACGGUCGACGGAUUGGCUGAGGUUGGAAUCGGACAGUAACGCUUAGGCGGAGGCCAGGAUUGACUUUUUACAUUUUUCUUUUUUCCUGUUUGCAGUUACAGAUAAAAAUUAAAUGAAAAUUGCUUCUGCUCUGCUUUCUCCAUCCAUUUCGCAUUUUUAUUGUUGA